CCGAAUCUCUCAAGUCUCAAGACUCUGUCUCACUCUCCGUCAUUCUGAAUCUGUUAAAGACCAUGGCGACUCUGGACUCCGACGAGCCGAUGAGUCCCGUCGGCGAGGCGUCGAGCAGCGCCGCCCCUCCUCCUCCGUCGUCGUUGUCGUCGUCGUCAUCGAGAAAACCGAAGCGGUUCGAGAUCAAGAAGUGGAACGCCGUCUCGCUCUGGGCCUGGGAUAUCGUCGUGGACAACUGCGCUAUCUGCAGGAACCACAUCAUGGAUCUAUGCAUUGAGUGCCAAGCCAAUCAAGCGAGCGCUACUAGUGAGGAGUGCACGGUUGCUUGGGGAGUGUGCAACCACGCAUUUCAUUUUCACUGCAUCAGCCGAUGGCUCAAGACUCGUCAAGUGUGUCCAUUGGAUAAUAGCGAGUGGGAAUUUCAGAAGUAUGGUCAUUAGGGCCUUCCAUUCGACAUCGUUAUGCUGCUAUUUAGAUUCUGCACUGAAGUCAGAAGGAACAAUAUAUUGAUCUGGCGAAACAUUUUAGUCUCAGCCCUGUGACCUUCCCCCCUCCCCCUGUUGGAGUUUCUUUGGAUGGAGAGUGAUCAGAAAACAUGGUUUGCGAUUAAUGUGAAUAUCUCUCUCGCUCU